UCUCCAUGGAAACAACGUAAUCAAAAGGUCCCACCCACAACGGGUCUGCACCCACAAGAAUGGAUUAAAAGAACAUGGCAUUUUCUGGGGUACAUAACAGUUUCAAACCAGCACAAUAAUCUUUUAACAAUCUGAAAUUUCAUCUUCUGCAGCGUCAAGUGAGAAUCCAGGAAAACAAGUGCACAUUUCAAUGAAAGGUUUUCCAAUACUUUGGUGUUCUAAAUGCUUCAGUUUUAGUGAUAAUUUCAUUCAACAUGAGUGCAUUUAGUACUUAUCCAGUGUAAAGCAUCACAGUUAAAGAGAGACCAAGAGGUAUUCAGAAUGGCCCUAGUAAGGGAAUGUUAUAACUAUCCAUCCACAUCAACUAUCUGGAAUAUUCCUUCCUUCACUCACUCAUCAAAUAUUCACUUAAUCCUUACACUGUGGCUGGCACCAUUUCUGGAACUAAGAAGACAUUCUCCACAAGGCUUGGUAAGCUUAUAGCCUGGUAACAGGAGCAAUGUGAGUUAGCAAAUAUGAUACAAUAUGGCACGUUCUAGAGUAUCAGUAAGAAAGGAAUAUUCUGGGUGCGCAGAGGAAGAGUAAUGGAGAAGAGUGGGAGUGCCCCCAAGAGGCAGCCAUGUGGCUGCUGUCUCUAUUAGGAAAAGCAGAGGUUCAAAUAGAAAAUAGGUUAGGAAAGGGAUUCCAGUUUGUGCAGUCAAAGGUAGCAAGUUGUUCACGAGCAUGUCAUGACAAAAAGGUCUCUAGGGCUGGAUUUUAUUAUCACUAAAGGAGAGAAGUUAGAGGAGGUGAAAUAGAAAAGUAGGCUGGCACCAGGAAGGAAUUCUAAUUUAUUUAGAAAACAUGGGAAGGGAGUGGCAACUAAAUAUGACUAGCCAUACUGGAGCAGAGAGAGUAAUAAAGACUUUCCAUGGUGAGGGUCAGAUUUGAAGCAGUGACAGUGACAUCGGAAAGAAAGAGGAACAGAUUAAAGAAAUAUUUCUGAAGUAGACACAACAGGGUUUGAUGAUCUUCAGAUAUGGGUGGUGAGAGAGUUAGCAGAGACGAGCCUGUGAGUGCUGCCUCAUUCAGAUCCAACACCAAAGUUACCAACCUGAGAGUAAAAUGAUUCGUAAGUCCUUUUCAUCUCAUUACCAUGUAUUUUCUGUUGAAUUUCUAUGAGUUUCUUGGGAGAAGUCUUCUCUAGAAUUAAUACCUCUGACAGCAGGAUUUCAAAUCAAAAGCAUAUAAUCAUGUAACUCAAGAGCUCACCUAACGUCCUUUUGUGUACUUGAUGGUGUGCACAUGGGAAUAGCUUCUUACCUGGAGUCAUUGGAAGGUCUAGCGUCAGGGAAGAUAAACCAGGAUUGUGAUGCCUCGGAAUAUCUGAGGCUGCUGACAUCCCCAAAAGGUGAGUCUUUGGCAGCUCAGAUUGGCCACCUGGCUUGAUCAAGGAAUACGAAGAGUCAACACAGGGAGAAAGGAAGCCGCCAUUUUGUUGCUCAACAAAAGUUGUCCACAUGAGUCUUUAAAGAAGGCUGAUAUGAAGAACCACACCAGUCCUUUUUCUUGCACAGUCCGUAGGUGAAUUCUAACUUGAUUUUGAAGAGAGGGCCUCCUAGAUUAAAUACUGUUACACCCCUUUCCAAGCUGAAAAAUAAUCAAUGCAGUCAGUCAGUCAAUGAACAUUUAUUCUAGACUAUUCUCUGCCUCUGUCGCCCAAUCCUAACCUUAUAACAGUCAACAGGAGCCCCCUUGUGAUUAGGAACACCUUUCCUUCUAGGAAUCUUCCUCAUGAAAAUAUGUUCCAUAUUGUCCCAUCCCUCUGGCAGGUACUCCCUGAUGGCUUGCUAGAAAGAAUACUUCUAAAACACGGCUUGGAGAGGCUGACAGGCAAAGCUUUACAUUGACUGGAACAAAAUUCAUCCCAUUAUCAUUCAGGGCAGCUUAUGUAUAUAUGGGGAAUUGGUCUCACUAGACACAAAAUGAGUUUUCAGUAAUAUGUUCUAUUACUUACGUCAGGUGGAAGACUUGCUUACUUCCUUCUGGAAAUCUCUGCAGCAAGACACAGUCAUGCUGAUGUCAUUGCCUGAUGUGUGCCAGCUCCUUAAAUGCUACGAUGUGCAGCUGUACAAGGGAAUUGAGGACAUUCUCCUGCAUGACUUUUUGGAAGAAGUUUCUAUUCAGUACCUGAAAUCCGUCAGGUUAUUUAGUAAGAAAUUUAAGUUGUGGCUACUCAAUGCUCUGGAAGGUUUCCCAGCCCUUUUACAGAUCUCCAAACUCAAAGAAGUUACCGUGUUUGUCAAAAGGCUAAGAAGAAAGACGUUCCUUUCCAACAUGGCAAAGACUAUGAAAGUGGUACUGAAAAAUAACAGGAGAGUCAGUAUUUUGAAGUCGGAUCUACACGCCAUCAUCAUUCAAGGCACUAUGGCCAUUUCUAAGGGCUUCCCACCAAGCCACCCCAUGGACAUGGAGGAGCUGGACAACAACACAGAGAUGAAAUGUUUAAGCAGUUUAAUUUCUUUGCUGGGGACGUCAACGGAUCUCAGUGUAUUCCUAAAUAGUCUGUCUUCAAAUCUCCAGGCAUUUGUCUUCCAGCCGAGCAGAAACAAAGAGGAGUUUAUCCAGCUGGCUGCCAGCUUCCAGCUAAGAUGGAACUUCCUUCUCACUGCCGUGAGCAGAGCUAUGACCCUCUGCCACAGAGACAGUUUUGGCUCCUGGCAUCUGUUUAAUUUGCUGCUUUUGGAAUACGUGAUUCAUGUCCUCCAGUCCUGCCUAGAGGAAGAGGAGGAGGAGGAGGAGAUGGGGACUCUCCAGGUGGUGCUGCCGGAGGACCAGCCACUCGUCCAGCUGGACCAGGCGCUUUUCCAGCCCCUGGAUGCCUCGCCGACUCUGGAGUGGGAGAGCCCAGGUGCAGAGCCGCCCUGCAUGCUGCUGAAACCUGUGAGCCAGGGCCAACACCCCACGGGCAUGAGCAGCCUGGUCCUCAGGGUGCUGGGCUUCCUGCUGGACACGGCCACGGGCAACAAGCUCAUCCAGGUAGCGUUGGAAGAUGCAGCCACUGAAAGCACCGUUCAACUCAGCCUUCCCGUGGGGCAGGAAGCCCUCAUUACCCUAAAAGAUGGACAAAAAUUUGUGAUUCACGCAUCAUAUGUUCCCCAAAGCCCUGAAAGUAUUUAUUUCAGGGAAAACGAUGCUAAUGUGUUAGAUUAUUUGAAUAGGGAAAAAGAAAAGAAAUAGAUUUUUAUUCUUAAAAAUAUAUUACAUGCAAAAGCUUUUGUAUUGAUAUGGGAGAAGAUUUUAUGUACAUAAUAGAUGUAGCAUGACCUAUUUUAUGUUUCUAUGUAUUUUCAAAGAGUUGGCUUUGAGCAAAUGUAUAAAUUGAU